AUGGCUGUAAAGGAGCACGCACAGCAGGUGAUCCUCAACUUGACGUUCCAACAAGCCGCUCGAGGGGUUAAUAAGGAUGUGACAGUCAAUGUGGUUGACACGUGUCGUCGUUGCCAAGGCACCCGCAGUGAACCUGGUACUAAGCUGGUCCGGUGCCCAUUCUGCAAUGGCAGUGGCAUGGAAACGAUCAGCACAGGGCCAUUCGUGAUGAGGAGCACGUGUCGGCACUGCCAUGGCACUCGCAUGCACGUCCAAGCGCCCUGCAUAGAAUGCCAUGCCAAGGGCACCACUGUACAGCGCAAAACAGUCACUGUCCCCGUACCUGCAGGUGUGGAAGAUGGGCAGACGGUACGCAUGCAAGUGGGCAAGAAAGAGCUCUUUGUAACCUUCAAGGUUGCACGGAGCGACUACUUCCGCCGCGACGGGGCAGACAUUCACACAGAUGCUGCCAUCACGCUCUCUCAAGCAGUACUUGGUGGCACUGUGCGUGUUCAAGGUCUCUAUGAUGACAUCAUGCUGAAGAUCCCCAUGGGAACCUCAUCACACACCAAAAUUCGGUUGGCGAACAAGGGAGUGAAACGGUUGAACAGCACCGGAUACGGAGAUCACUACGUCCAUCUAAAAAUCCGGAUACCACAGCGCCUAAAUGACAAGCAGAAAGCGCUGAUUCAGGCGUACGCUGAGCUGGAACGAGACACGCCUGGCACAAUCGAUGGCCUAGUCAACACAAGGCAAGUAGGACGGGCAUGA